AUGGACGAAGUCCACACUGGGAAGAACGUCGCCGCCACCGUCAAGGCGGCUCUGACGGAGUGGACAUCCGAGGUGCAGAGGAGCAGCAGUGAAAAGGCUCCCUUGAUGGCUUCUCCGCCGUCUCCUCCACGUGGUGAAGGGAAAAGGCCAGCCAUGCGGCCAGCUCAGUGUGGGAAAAGUUUCAGUCAGCGUAGAAUCCUUUCUUCUCAUCAAAGGAUUCACACAGGGGAGAAACCCUAUAAAUGCCUGGAAUGUGGGAAAAGCUUCAGUCGGGGUGACAACCUUUCUUCCCACCAAAGACUUCACAGAGGUGUGAAACCAUAUACAUGCCUGGAGUGUGGGAAAAGCUUCCAUUGGAGUUCAGGCCUUACCUCACAUAAAAGGGUUCACACUGGGGAGAAACCAUAUAAAUGCCUGGAGUGUGGAAAAGGUUUCAGUCAGAGUUCACAACUUAAUGUUCAUCAAAGAAUUCACUCAGGGGAGAAACCCUAUAAAUGCCUGGAGUGUGGGAAAAGCUUCCGUUCGAGUUCAGACCUUACCUCACAUCAAAGGGUUCACACUGGGGAGAAACCAUAUAAAUGCCUGGAGUGGGAAAAACCAUAUAAAUGCUUGGUGUGUGGGAAAAGUUUCAGUCAGAGUGGACAACUUACUGUCCAUCAAAGGAUUCACACUGGGGAAAAACCAUAUAAAUGCUUGGUGUGUGGGAAAAGCUUCCGUUCGAGUUCAGAACUUACCUCACAUCAAAGGGUUCACACUGGAGAGAAACCCUACAAAUGCUUCGAGUGUGGGAAAAGUUUUUCUUGGCAUGAUAAGCUUACUUCCCAUCAAAGAAGUCACUUAGGGGUGAAACCAUAUAAAUGCUUCGAGUGUGGGAAAAGUUUUUCUCGGCGUGAUAAGCUUACUUCCCAUCAAAGAAGUCACUUAGGGGUGAACCCAUAUAAAUGCUUUGAGUGUGGGAAAAGUUUUUCUUGGCGUGAUAAGCUUACUUCCCAUCAAAGAAGUCACUUAGGGGUGAAACCAUAUAAAUGCUUCGAGUGUGGGAAAAGUUUUUCUCGGCAGGAGAAACCAUAUAAAUUCAUGGAAUGUGGGAAAACUUCUCCAUGUGAUAACCUUACUUCCCAUCAAAGAGUUCACUUAGGAGGAAAACCAAAGAAAUGUGUGAAGGAUGUUAUGUUGGAGGAGAAACCAUAUAAAUUCAUGGAAUGUGGGAAAACUUCCUCUCCGUGUGAUAACCUUACUUCCCAUCAAAGAGUUCACUUAGGAGGAAAACCAAAGAAAUGUGUGAAGGAUGUUAUGUUGGGUAAAUUGGUUGUGAGGGAACUUAGCACUGUAUGA